UGCUAUACCGCAAUUGGAGUAGCUACUACCCUUUUAUCAGGCACCUCACGAUCCGACAGGGGCGACGUCCAUGAAAACUUCGCUGAAAAAUAGACUCCGCAUCCUUUCAAACCAUUUCGUGAUUAUCCUAGGUCGCCCAGUUGCUUAAAGGAGCUGUGUCACAAAUUCAGUCAAAUUAGGAAAUUACAAAAUGCCUGUAAAAUUAAUAGAAACAAAAAUAACCGUUUAAAACUUUAAAGGAAGGUUAAAUUAACUUAACAGAAACAACAGGUGCCACGGAUGGGCAAAACUGAAGGAGACUGAAACGGAUUGAAAAUAGGGUUUUUGAAAACUGUUCAGCCUAACAGUUUUUCAAAGUUGAUCCCUGCUGCUUGCAACUUCAAAAUAAUGCUCAGGAGACAUAUUUGUUUGUCUCGGAUCUCUGAUUUUGUCAUUUACCUGUAAUUUCUUUGCUUACUUUAAGUUCCAUAGCGAUUGAGGACGAGUAAUUGGCAAAAUUAAACAAAAUGAACUGGACUGCCGUGACACAGCCCCUUUAAAAGAAAGGUGUUUAGAUUGGAGCUGAAGAGAUUGGGCCGCGCCCGAGUUCAGACAGAGAUGCUAGAAUUUAUCGCCUUGCCGUUCCCGUCCUCAAAGAAACUUAAAAUUUGGUCAUUUCACGUCGUAGUCGUGCAGGGACUGCAAAGAAAUGUACAAAAAAAGCGUGAUGCACCUGCAGAGUUGUUGUUUGGCUAGCUAAACCUAUUGCUUUUUGACAUUUGACCGCCUUAGUUUUGUAAGGUCCAUAUUUCUUGUAUACACGCCAUCCGGGUCUUUUCCAUCACGACAGGAUGUUAGCAGGACAGCCUUGGGACGCGAGGAAGUUAUGUUUCAAUUUGACCAGUGUAAUAAUAAUUUCUCGCUUGUUUUGACGCUACUUUUAAAGCCCGUUCAGUUGUCAGUAAAGGGAACUGAAACCAUUUUUUUCCUGCUCAUUUUAGGCAUUCUACUAAUGAACAGUUGCUACAUUAGUUUCGAUAUUUGCAAAAGCAAAAAGAGUUACUCAUAGAUUGUUCCCUUCAAAUAUUCAUAAGUAAUUACUAUCAUGAUAUCAGCGAUUUAGGGUGACGUUUACGGAAAACGACAAUCGUCAGAUUCAAGUUGAGAAUUUCUCAAAAUAGAAAACGUCAGCCAAGAAAAGCCCAAAACAGCUGUUACAGACAAAACAAACUUGAAGCUACUAAUUUUGGAGUAGAAGUAUUUCUGUAAUAAGGAGUAACACACAAGUUAAGGGAAACUUGGCCACGAGAUACAAAUUUACUUUUGUCGUUUGUCGUAAGCGUGGCUCUAAGUCUCUCUAUUAUCGCGGACUUUUUCGGCCAUUUUUCGCCUUUCAUGAAAGAGACUGAUUACCCGUGCUUUGUUUUCAAUUUGCUAAAGAUCAACCUGCAAGACCGAGAAGAAGACAAAGGGUAAAUAUUCCCCAAGAAGACGCUGAUGAUGCAAACUGGGAAGGCGCGCCUGUAUCAAAUGUAACGAAUGCAACCGCAGAGAGCGACAAGCAAAAUGAUGCAGUAAAGAAGGUAUUGAAUGUGAUUUGUAGUGUAGGGAAGAUAAUGUAGAAAUUAAAAGUGGGCUACGUGAUUUUCCCAUAAAUUCGCCCCUUGUCAGGGAAUCCAAAACUGUCUUAGAUUUCCGAAAGAUCGAGCACGUUACGGUCUGUCGCUACUGUUUUUUAGAAAUAAAAUCCUAUUAGCCCAUGGAAAUGUUUCAUUGUUUAAACACGAUAAAAUUUUUACAAUUAGCACACAAUGAAAGUAGACAGUGCACAGAUAUCCAGUGUCCGUAAAGCAGGGUUGGCGAUAUAUGAGAGCUUGUGACGCGGGACGCAGUUAAGUGUCCGUUGUCCGUAUUUAGCGGGUUUAUUCUACAGAAAAUAAAGCUACCAGCUUUUCGUCGGGACAAAGGGAACUGUCCGUUAUAGACGGCUGUCCGUAUUAAGCUGGUGUCCGUAGAGCGGGGUUCCACUGUGUGUACUCAACUUUUAGCAGCUGCGAAAAGGAAGCCUAAAAUUUUUACAAGUGUAAUUUACAAUUGUAGCUAAUGUUUUCGGACCCUAAAACAACAGUUGCGGUUACACUGGACACUUUUACCGUGGUAAAUGACCCUUUUACCUCGGUAAGUUGGCGUGGUGCGUGUGACCAGACUUUCUCAAGAUAAAUGUACCAUAGGAAAUAUCCAUGGUUACGUUAAAAAGAAAAAAGAAACCGAAUUCGCAAAGUGACCAGCUUCAGCAAUUUUUCAACAUUGUUAACUUCCCCUUUGGUGAACAAUUUUUUUUAAUCUUAGACAACGUCGUCUUGUGCAACUCAACAGGCAAUCGAAUUUCAAGAAAAAUUAAACUGCAACUGAGCACAAUAUUGAGGACAAGUCGUUACGUCACGUUGCCACAGUAGCGAAAUUUCUGAAUGACAACAGACCGCAAACGUCACUUAAAAAGUGUAUUUGCGCUGCUUCAAACUUCAUCGAUCCUAUUCAGUUUCAUUUCAAAUGUUGUCAAAUGUUGGCGAAAUUUUCUGGAGUUGAAUCCGAAAGGAACGUAUCUAAUUUUAGAAAAAGAAUAAGGUUUUGUUCACCUACUCCAUAAAGCGAGCGCGUAAAAUUAGGAAGUUUCAUGUUGCAGUCGUGCAAAGACGGCUAAGAAAUGUGCAAAAAAGCGUUAUGCAUGUACAAAGAGUAAAGAGUAGGGCACGUAGUGCCCGGUGUAGUGGUCUAUCUCACUUUCACACUCAUGUAUGGGGGCAUCAUCACUCAUUCCUUCAGUACUUGUAAACUGCACCUUAAGCAGUCUGGCAAAGUCCCCCAAUCAGUGUUGUAAAUUAUCUCUGAAAAGCCCUGUGGGGAGUGGAUAAUAAGAUAUUUACAAUUUACAAAGUUGUUGUUUUGCUAACUUAGCGAUUUUUGCCGUUCUUUUUGCCGUGAUCGUCGUCGUUGCUUAAGUUCCGAAUUAGGUGACGUCACACUUCUCUCUGAUGCUUUGUGGAACAAAGCUGUAAGAUUCGCACUCUGAAAUUUAUUUUGUGUUGUUACAGUCAGGUGAGUGGACGGAUUACGAUCAGUCUCUUCUUACCCGCGCCAUGAUGAAAUUUCCUGGAGGAACACCCAAUCGCUGGGAAAAGAUAGCAGUGGAAAUUGGACGAUCAGUUGAGGAGGUAAGUCAAGUGCCCCGGCGGAAUGGGCGCGGGAAAGCCAUCGGUCGCUAUCGUUAAUCAAAAAGCAGCACGCAGAAGUACUUAGAAUUUUACAGUUAAACAUUCUUGCACAGACAAUUAAGAUAGGUCCACCUCGUAUAAAUCUUAUUCCAGAAUGAUGGCAAAGAGGCCAUUUCCGAGUUCCCCUGGGCCUCUGUUUCAAAACGAGGUUAAGUGCUCAGCCUUUGAUGUGGAAAUCAUUUUUCAUUCUCACGCAAAUAAGACUAAUUUCCACAAGAAAGGUUGUACACUUGGCCUCAUUUUGGAAGUGAGGGUUUUUGGAACUCGGAAGUGGCCUAUUAAGUUAUCCCUCUGAAAUCCUGUUCGAUAUAUUAAAAUUCUAACAUGACUCCGAUGCUCUUUGGUCGUAUUUCUAUGUUUGGUUUGGGUUUCUUUCUGCUCAAGUCUCCUCUGGGAAUGGCGAGUCAAGUCGAGUCGUGAAAAAUUUGCCACUUUGUUCGUAAAGCCUCGGAGUAAUGUUAGAAUUUCAACAUAUAGAGCGAGGGCUAUUGGUUUUCGAUGCCUCGUUUCAAGGUAACAGUUCUUUUUAAUCAUACGGUAACAUUGGAAUUGGGACAAAGAGGGCUAGUAAUGAUGGAAAUAUAAAAGGAAAAAAACAUUGCUACCAUUUUGGAAAAAGGAGCAGCAACAAUGUUUUGCUUAUUGCGCUUUUCAAAAACAUGCGUAUUCUGAGGUUCAAAGGCCAACUGACGUUUGCAUUUUUCGCUGUCGACAAUCAUUUUAGCGGACGACCUGUUAGGAAAUAGAAGUUUACUUCAACGGGUUCAAAAGGUCACGGUUUGUGAUUUGUGAUUGUUAGAUUUCGAUCCAUUUUGUGUGUUUCUGUGUUUCACUUUCAGGGUUCGUUGCUUGUAUUCUAAUUAUGAUUGACGGCAGCGAAAAACACAAUUGUGAAGGCGGCUUUUGAACUUCAGAGUUCACGUGUUUUUGAAAAGCGCAGAAUAGUCCCUAUAAUAUAAGAGAAAUAAUAAAUUAGAAGGCAAUACUUAAUACAUUUAUUUGAACAGUUAUGUUUGAAUUAAGCAAUCUCUAUGCAACACAAGUUGUUCCUGUUCCAAAUUCAAAUGCUUCUCGUGCUUUGCAUAAAUCAUAGGUAAUAAAGUGUAUGAUGGUUAUUGGGGCCAUUAAAUGUCUUUAUUAUAUGUUCUUGUUAGCUUUUUUGUUCUUGACCGUGCACAACGUUUAAUAGCAUUCCUAUCAUUUGCAACUUACUUGACCAACAGAGACAUCACCUUUAUUUAUUCAGUCACAAUUUGUUACAUUCUUGUAACAAAAAGCAAAGGACUACGCACCGUCAGCGAGCUUCCAGCGUAUACUGCAACACUGUUGUUUUGCUGGUUUCCAUAACCAGUCUCCUCUACUGACUAUGCUAAAAUAUUUAACAAUUUAGGUCACAAAACAAAUGAAGAAGUCAAAACAGUCCUAUGGAGCUCCUGUUCACCCAGCUAAUGCAGGUAAAGAAAUUACGGGUAAUUUUUCCACUGGCUGAGAGUAAAAAAAUAAGGGAAAAUGUCAGUUUUACUCACACACCACUGGGGUCCUGAGUAUAGGUCAUGUGACCGAAAGGCGGACAGUUGCUUUGGUUGCAUCCGCCACUACUGACCUUCCCACCCACCCUAAGAUUUCAGUUUUGUAGACUGUUGUAAAUGUAAUAUACAACUUUGUAAAUUCGUUAGUGUUCCACCUUUCUAGGGGUAUGUUAUGAGUACAUUUUUAUGAAUUUGGAAUAAACGUCAGGCUGCGGCGGGG